UAUUGCAGCAGCAUCCAUAAACCCCAGAGAAUAUAAAGGAGUAGUAGUACUCACCCUGCCAUGAUAUGAUGAUGAUGUUGAAGGCACCACUUUUGUUAAUCAUCUUUGGUUUGGGUUAUAUUUUGAGUCCAUCAUCGUCGUCGACGUCGUCGUCAGCAGCAGCUGUAGCUGCUUCCUUUGUGUACCCUCGAAACUACGAGCAGAUAGAGCUCUCAAGGGCUUCUGGUCCAGAAAGCAUUGCCUUCGAUUGCCAUGGAAAUGGCCCCUACGUCAGCGCAUCAGAUGGUACAAUCCUUAAAUGGGAAGGACCAAACUUGGGUUGGAAAGAGUUUGCCAUCACUUCACCUAACAGGCCGAGGAGUAUAUGUGACGGGUCAACCAACGAGGAGACCGAGCCAAUCUGUGGAAGGCCAUUGGGGCUGAAGUUUGACCAGAGGACUUGUAAUCUCUACAUCGCAGAUGCUUAUUUUGGGCUGCUGAUGGUAGGGCCCAGUGGAGGCGUGGCCCAGCAAGUUGCCACUUCUGCUAAUGGAUCACCCUUUGGAUUUGCAAAUGCUUUGGAUAUUGACACCCAAACUGGAGUCGUUUAUUUUACAGAUUCCAGCACCUUAUUCCAGAGAAGGGUAUGGUUAUAUUCAUUACUGAGUAGAGAAAGAACAGGAAGGCUAAUCCAAUACGAUCCACGAACAAAUGAAACAACAGUUUUGCUCAAAGGCCUGGCCUUUCCAGAUGGUGUGGCCCUAAGCAACGACAAGUCAUUUCUCCUCCUAGCCGAGUCUACGACAAUGAAAAUCUUCAGGUAUUGGCUUCAAGGACCCAAGGCACAAACCUUGGAACUCUUCGCCCAACUAGGUAGGUCUCCUGAUAACAUUAAAACGAACCAAAAUGGUGAGUUUUGGGUAGCUUUGAACACUGGCAGAGCCGUCGUCAAAAGUCUAGUUCACCAAAAGUUUAAAGGGAUAGUUGUGUUACCAAGUUGGAUUCGAGACCCGGUUGCCGUUAAGUUUGACAGAGAUGGAAACGUAGUGCAAGCGUUGGACGGCGGCGGCGGCAACCCACUUGAAUCUGUUAGUGAAGCUGAAGAACAUGGCGGAAGCAUGUGGUUUGGCUCUGCUGUCAAGUCUUAUGUUGGUGUUUUACAUCCAAUCAAAUAAUUUUUAUUUUAUUUUCUUAAAAGAAGCUUAUUAUAUUAUUGUGUGGAUGGAAUUUAAAAUUUAGUACGAUUUUUUUUU